AUGGACGACACCGUGCGGAUCAACGGGGUCCUUUCGCCGCUGCUGGAACAAAUCGCCGUGGGCCCCACGGACGGCACAGUGGGCGUGGUGGUACGCAACGCCGCGCCCACGGGAGAUGCCAAGCUCCUCCUCGACUCGAACAACCAGGCGGGCGUGGCGGAGCUCAAGGUGCUGGCCGGCGGCAACUGCGAGCUGAACGCCCAGUUCCAAUUCAUCUCCUUCAACACCACCAACGGCCUGGCGAACCUGGCCAUUGAGCCCAACAUCGGGGGCAGCAACGACGGGGAGGUGAUCUUCGGCUACGGCUUCGUGAACCUGAGCGACCGGGCGCUCAAGGAGAACGUCCGGGCCAUCCCGGACGAGGAGCUGCAAGAGACCUUCGACGCCGUGGAGCCGCAGCUCUUCGACCGCAUCGACGGCGGCAAGGAGCAAAUCGGCUUCGUGGCCCAGGACGUGCAGUCCAGCGGGAAGCUGGGGGCGACGAUGUGCAAGACGAAGAACCUGGACGGGAGAGAGCUGAUGGCCCUCGAUUACCAGAAGCUCUCCGUGGUGCUGUGGGGCAUCGUCAAGAAGCUGCAGAAGCGGGUCGAGAAGCUGGAGAAAAAGAAAGGCCGCAAGGACGACUCGGAGUAG